AUGGAGAUUGUGCUUCUGGCUACUCACAACCUGCAGCUGCUAUCGGAUUCGGGCGGCAUUUGCGCUGUGCCAAAGAAGUCGUCAGAUAAUUCAGAGAAGUGGAAUGAGUUGCAACCGACUUACGUACGCCAUGGAUCUGUAAAUAAUUACAAACGCUGCCGACUGAGGGCUUGUUUUUUUUUUAAAAAUGACGGAAAUAUUUUGUCUUUGGAAAGUGAGGCGAAAAGCGCGAAUGGUGGCAAUACUCCUAUGAUUCUACUUUUGCCAUUGGGUCGUGAUCCGGUGGGAAACAGUGCUGUAAUAACCUUCAAGAUGGCCGCCCAGGGCCCUCUUUUGUCUCGUAGUCAUUGUGUGCUGCAACUCAGUAGUAGCCGUUUGUUGCGUAUUUCACACGAUCCGCAUGAGUGGUGUGCCAUGAGUGUGCGUGAUUGUUUUAGCUUGAAUGGCACGUUUGUGAAUGGCCGUCGCUUGGCAUCUGGCGCCUGUUCCCCGCCGGUGACUUUUAAUCCUUGCAACUUCCGCUCGUGGAAGGAGCCGCUGAUGACGCUGGAACUCGGUGCCGGGGCGAAGCUUUCUGCUGGGGAGUCUCUUUUGGAGAAACAAUUAUUUUUGCGGUUUGAUGUGUUUGUGCGAUUUGUAGGUGAGAGAAAAGACGUCGGGUUGAUCCGGCGCUGCCUGGAGGGGUCCUGUCUUGCCAAUUUGGGGACCAAGGAUAUCGCAACAUGUUUUUUGCGUGAUGGAAAUUCCGAUUGUCGUUUGUUUUCAGAGCCAGCGGCAGUCAACAUUAGGAAGGAUGUACUGGCAAAUGAGGAAUGUGUGAAUACUUUACAGGCCGAGGAGGUUUUGACUCUUCUGUGUGAAAAUUGUAGUGCGGCGGCGAGGCGAAUCCAAUUACUGAAUUCUGCGAAGGCACCUGGUUCCACCACUGCUGUUCAACAACACAUUCCACUUGCGUGCAGCACCAUCAAUAAUAGUCGUCAAUGCUUGUACUCCACAAUUUUGACUUGCCGUCGUGAAUGUGGAACGAAUAACGAUGACGCGGAGACGCUUACAUGGAGGCCUGCUUCUCCCAAUUGCACCAGCGAUCUGCCACUCCAUGCUUCUGAGCAUCUCACAGAAGUUGGGGCCGUAAAGGGCGAAACACGGGGGAACGAGAGCAUGGCGAUUUUUCUCACGAAUAGGCGCUUUGGAGACGGCUUGCAGGGCUCUUUACGUGAUGUUUUAUUGACGCCACACAAGGCGGGAUCAAAAAGUGUUUUUGGGAGAGGUAAGGAGGAACCCGGAAAUUGUGCCUCGUCAGGGAUUGCCUCCAAUUCGACAAAAGCGGUGGCACAUUCUGUACCGGGUCCUUGUCGUGACGGCUGCAAACAAAAUUAUUUUUUGAGAGAACCACCGUUGGAUCUUUCGCCGGUUCUCGUAAAGAAGAAGUUGUUGGCGAAGUCUCCUUUGCUAGAACCGCCAGCAAAGGAGGAUUGCAUGACAAAUCAUUGUCGUUUGGUGUCCUCUUUCGAAGAAAUGCAACGUAAUGAAGGGACCAAUGUGAUGUUCCCGACGAGAAAGCCACCAGAAGUAAUUGAGGCCACAAAUGCAGGUUUGACGAAAGACAAGGAUAAACUGGCUGAGGCGUCGAAAGCGGUGCAACAACAGCUGUCAACAAUUCAUACAGAGAUGGAGCAGGUAUUGAGCUGGAGAAGCGGGAUUGACUCUUUGCCGUCGUCUCAAGACGACCGAGCGAUAGUACUGCCUAGACACGGCAGAGUGAAAGAAGAAGGGGAGGGGGAGUUGGUCCCAUACGGCGGGUUUAUCACAGUAAAAAAAUCACCCCCACUAUGUGACCUUGCUGCGGGUACGGGUCAGGCGGAGUGGCAGGCUCAAACAGCGAAGAAACGAGGUGUCAAGCGGAAACGCGUUGUUGAUAUGAAGGAGACAAUGAAAAAGUUUGUGGCGGAAUUGAUUGCUGGCACUGAUGGCGCCUCUCCACAUGAGUAA